AUGACGGGUCAUUGUUCAAACCCGACAGAUCUACGAGACAUAUUUAUCCUAUUAGACACCGAUAACGGGCUGAGAAUCAAGACAUUUGGACCUUCUCCACCGGGCCUUGUUUCCGAUAUCACUUUCAAGAACAAUACAUUAAAUAAUGUGUACAAUCCGAUCAUCAUCGAUCAACAUUAUUGCCCAGGCUCGGAAUGUGAGGGUGGUGACUCGAGCGUUGCUAUAAGAGGCGUGAAAUUCAUCGACAUUCGUGGUAGCUCGAGUACAGAAGUCGGAGUGAAGAUUGAUUGCACCAAAUGGCAUCCUUGCAGUGGCAUAGAAUUGAAAAGAGUUAGCUUGACCUUCAAAGGGAAACCAACUACUGCAGUUUGCUAUUCAGCUAAUGUUAAGUUUCAUGGAGAUGAAACAAUUCCUUCAAGUUGUACUUGGAAAUAG